AUGGAAGCAGGAGACAACAAGAGUCUCAACUCGAACAACAACAACCAAUCCAGCCAACCCACGCCUUCCUCAAAACGCGCCAGUCUCCGUCUAGCCAACCUCAAUCCAUCAGCUCCUCUUGCAUCCAACUCCCUCGACUCGUCUUUGAAGAAGAAUACUGCGUUCAUCAAGCGGCUCAAGACAGGUUUACAUGCUAGCGAAAAUGUACAGGUUCUGAUCAAGGAAACAGGGACACUAAGCUUGGAUAAAUAUCUCUCUGAGAUCUCGAUCGCUCUAAAUGAAGGCCUGGCGAAAUGCAAAAGUGCCACAGAAAUUUGGGGUGCCAUCGAGGUCAUCUCCACGUUGCAUCAACGAUUCUCUUCCAGCUUUACAGAGCCAUUCAUCCAACAAUUCCUCAGUGGUCUUGCGCUACCCAGUAAACAAUACUUAGCGGGACUCGCUGCCGACCAGAGAGAACGUGAAGAAAAUAGUAGGAUUAUUCGGCAACGAAGUUUGUUGCGUUGUCUAGCUGAAUUCGACCUCGUGGGACUAGUGCGCGCGGUGUCCAAACAAGGUAGCACGAAUGCUGAGGAUGGGGAAACUACCUUUGGAGUGCUCAAAGACUUGCUGACAGCCAACAAGGAGGCUUUGUUGAUUCCCCUACCGCUGGCUGUCUCGUUCUCAAAACAAUUUGGAUCCUUAUAUCUCCCGACUAGCAUAUCCUCAGGCGCACCAGCCGGACCCACUCCAUCUGAAGCUAACAAUCAAAACGGCUUAUUCACCACCGAUGACAUGAUCAUCAAACCGGCUGUCAAAGAAAAAUUCAGGAAGCUUUUUGGUCAAUAUUUCGAUGCGCUCAGUCGCAAAGCAGUUUCGGAUCAUGUGAAACUGCAAGAACUCGAAAAAAAGAACUGUGAGGCAGCCAUCCGGUCCGGGCAAAUAUUUGAUGAUCGAGUUCAAACCUUCGAAAAGUUGACAAAAGAUCAGGAAAAGCUGUGGAAUGGAAUUCUAAGUUUGGCCGAAACAUUAUCGCUAUCCCCGCCCACGCUCCCUGGGCCUGAUGCCGCGUCUUCCUCAAACGCCAUCACGGGAACGGGACUGUCAUCUAAUUUUGGUGCUGGGGCCUCUGAGUUAGGUAUCUGGUCAGACGAGGAAGAAAAGAAGUUUUAUGAAGACCUGUUUGAUUUAAAGGAUGAAGUACCGACGAUGUUACUAGGCAUAAGCGCUGAUGCUAAGAAGGAAACCGAAGUUAAAGCAGAUCAACACGAUGGAGACAAUGACCAGAGUAUCGCCCAAACUAAGCUCGAGCAGGAAAUGGAAAAACUCGAAAUGAAAGACUUGUCCACCGCAUCUGAUAUGCCUGAGGAGCCAGGGGAGCUUAAGAGAGUAGAUUCAGACGAAUUGAAACAGGGUUCAUCUUCAUUGGGGGCUACGGCCGAGCCAUCUGCAGCUUCUGAUACUCUGGCCUCUGGUCCGGCAGCCAGGCUCACCGCUUUGUUCACACGGUUGGACCAAGUAUACAACUCGGAUGCACUCGAUAAGAUCGCCGUUGAAUUUGCAUAUCUCAAUUCGAAGGCUGCCCGCAAUAGGCUGAUUAAACACCUAAGUGGCGUCAACAAAAAUCGAACCGAUCUGAUUCAAUAUUUUGCACGCAUGCUCGCGAUUCUAUCCAAAUAUAUGCCUGAUGUAUUGAAUGGAAUCUUGUCACAUGUUCACGAUGAGUUUAGAUACCUUCAACGAAAACGGAAAUUUGUCGGUCAAGAGUUACAUGCCAUCAGAAGCAAGAACAUCCGCUGGAUUUCAGAGCUUACCAAGUUUAACCUUGUACCCUCGCAUCUUAUCCUGCACAUUAUCAAAGUCUGCAUUGACGAUCUGCACGGAACCAAUGUGGAAAACCUUUGUGAUCUUUUGGAAGGAUGCGGUAGAUGGGUGUUGAACAAUGCAGAGACCAGAGUGAAAAUGGCUCAACUGUUAGAUCAAAUGAACAGAAAAAAGGCAUCACAGAAUCUGGAUUCCCGACAGAUAAUGUUGCUGGAAAAUGCCUACUUCCAGUGCAAUCCCCCCGAUCGGCCUGUCAUUGAACCAAAGCAUCGCACACCGAUGGAGCUUUUUAUUCGAUACCAAUUAUAUGACUGUUUAUCUAAGAAAUCAGUCGAUCGAACCAUCAAAUUAUUACGAAAGCUGCAUUGGAAUGAUCCUGAGGUCGUUAAGCUGUUGAAAAAUAUCUUGACAAAAGUUUGGAAGAUCAAGUUCGGCAACAUUUACCUACUUGCUAUUAUUGUGUAUGAUCUAUCUCGAUUUCAUGCGGACUUUACCGUCUCCAUCGUAGAUCAAGUCCUUGAGAAUAUCCGCCAUAGUAUGGAAAUCAACAUUUUCAAACACAAUCAACAACGAAUUGCUACAAUCAAAUACUUGGGCGAACUAUACAACUACCGAGUCAUUGAUUCGAGGGUGAUCUUCGAUACUUUAUGGUCUUUUGUGACCUUCGGCCAUCUCGACGGAAGACCGUGGCCAGAUGUGGUUUCUCCAAUAGAUGCACCUGAUGAUUUCUUUCGAGUCCGAAUGGUUUGCACGCUGUUGAACACUUGCGGACAUUGCUUUGAUCGAGGAAGCUUGAAACGUCGCCUCAAUAACUUUCUCAAAUUCUUUAUUAUGUAUUUGCGAUGUAAAGAAACAACCCCGAUGGACAUUGAUUUCCUGUUACAAGAUACUUUUGAAGAGCUAAGGCCGAAACUAAACAUUUACUUGACGUAUGAAGAAGCAUCAAAGGCUGUACAAGAGAUGUUUUCUUCCAUAUCUGAUCGAGGAGAGAAAGCUGACGAAGAUGAGAUGCAAGAGGAUGAAGAACGCGGAGAAGCAGAGGAUAAGAAAUCCGAACCCGGAAACAAUGAGGAGGGUGCUUCUGAUUCUGAUAAUGAUACCGUUAUGGAUGGUGGAGCAGGUCAAAAUGGCGCGGCCUUCGAGGAAGAGGAUCUCCCGCGGUUCCCUACGUCUGCAGCCACAGCGGAAGAAGAGGAAGAGUUUGAAAAAGAGCUGGCAAAAAUGAUAGCUGAAACUAGUAGCGCCAGUACUCAGACAGAGUCUAGUGCCAACGGAGCUCGAAAGGUAGAGCGAACGCCAAUGGCUGGGAGUCUGUUCUCUGACAAAGGCCUACCGAUUCUCAAGACUUUGAUCCAGCCUUCCGCCAAGCAAGAACCGCUCGUCAAUCAGGGCGAGGCGAUGACAUUCACAAUGUUAACGAAGAAGGGCAACAAACAACAGUUGAAAACGAUGCAAAUUCCAUCCAACUCGUCGAUUGCUGUCCACACUCGCGCUCAACAAAUGCACAGUCAAGUCGAGCACCAGCAACUAAAAAAGUUGGUCUUAGAUUAUGAGAUGAGGGAAGAGGCCAACGAGAGAAAGAAUUUGGCUGCCGAGAUGGCCAGAAGAGGGGUCAAUGUAAAGGUCCUUAAAGAGUAAGGAUCGCCUCAUUCGCCUCGACUGACAAUACGAUCGAUCUGCACCGACGCCGCAGAACAGACACAGUAAAGCUUGUCUCCAUCAAGGACGACUUACACACCACAUCUCACUCCUUUGUGGGUGGUCAAUGAUCUUGUAACCCCUGCGCUCGAGUCCAGAACAGAGACGUAUCAGACAACUGAAGCAGUUGAGGAAGUUCAACAUCAGCUGGAUUCUUGUUUUGGAGUCAAAUCUCAUGGGAUAUGUGUGGCAGAGGAACACUUGCCUGAUUUUGUUGUUGAAUGUUGACUUGCCAAUAGGACAAUCACACACACAAAGAAACCUUGGUUUCUUUUUCAUUUUUUUUUUCUUUCUCUCUGCCUGUUGACUUGAAAAUGGAGAC